CUUUAUCGACUGUGACACCCAUCGCUUUUUCACGGCAAGUAGAAGGGGAAAGUGUGCACGCGUGCGCAAUGGAAAUCAGUUGUCGGAAAAACGCCGAAUUUUGGUUGUAAAAUAAUUUUGUAAGCUAAAAAUGAAGGGAAAAAUACACAAUAGCGAGGAAGAUAAUUAUAUCCCAUGUCAUCGCGUUAAAUAACAUUACCGAACUUUUUCAACGAUGAUAAGUGUCCCCUGCAGUAUGACAGCAGUGUGUACAAUAACAUGGCUCUGGAUCGGUUCGUUGCUUCUUCUUGGGAUCAUUGAAAUUGUAGUUUUUAGGAAGUAACAAAGCUGUACGCGAGAUAGAUUUUUGGACAAUUUAGGAGCUCAACAAUACGGAAAUAUGGCUGAUAAAAGGCAACAAAACUUAUCGAAGGAGGAAAUAGCCAAACAGUUUAUGUUACCGGAGAGAAAGAGCAAAAUUGCUACUUUAUUGAAACAAGAUGGUCAAGCUUACUGUAUCUGUAGGAGUUCCGAUAGUUCCCGUUUCAUGAUAGGUUGCGAUGCCUGCGAAGAAUGGUACCAUGGCGACUGUAUAAAUAUUACGGAGAAGGAUGCCAAGCACAUAAAGCAAUUCUUUUGUAUUCGCUGCAGAGAAGAAGAUCCUACCCUGGUGACUCGUUACAAACCACGCAAGACAGAGCAAGAAGAUCGCAAAUAUAAGAAGCACAAAGAGAAAGAACGAGCUCACAGGUACGAGUAUGAUGCACCCUGGGACCCAACUUUAGUAAAAAAAUCGUCGAAACGUUGCGGACAAUGCACAGGCUGUAUAAGAACCGAAAACUGUGGGAAAUGCGACGCGUGCAGACAUUUGAAGAAAUUCGGGCCCUCGGUACGGUUAAAGCUUAGAUGCAUACAAAGAACUUGCAGAGUGUUGGGCGAUCCGUUGAAACCGUCGAAAAGUUUCAAUAAAAGUUCGAAAUUCAUCAAGAAACGCAAGAGGGAUUCGAGCAACGAAAGGAACGAAUACCUCGAAGUGCCAAGACACUGUUACGGUCCAGCCUGCACAAAACAGUCGCGUACCGGUAGCAAGUACUGCUCCGACGAGUGUGGAUUAAAACUGGCAACUAACAGGAUCUACCAAGUGCUGCCGCAACGGAUACAGGAAUGGUCGUUGACACCGUGCAUCGCGGAACAGAACAACCGAAGAGCGCUGGAGUCUGUCAGGAGGCAGCAAUACGACGUCAGACGGAUACUCCAGGAACUGGACAAAAGACACACCGAGUUGGACAAGAUCGUGGAGCGGGCUAAACACGCGACUAUAGACCCACAAGCGGAAGUGGACGACAACGACGACACCGAGAUGAGCAUGUACUGUAUCACUUGCGGGCACGAGAUCCAUUCCAGGACCGCCAUCAAACACAUGGAGAAAUGUUUCAACAAGUACGAGUCUCAAGCGUCGUUCGGUUCCAUCUUCAAGACGCGCAUCGAGGGACAAGUGAUGUUUUGCGAUUUCUACAAUCCCGCGAAUCGAACCUACUGCAAAAGGUUGCGGGUACUGUGCCCGGAGCAUUGCAAGGAUCCGAAGAUCAGCGAGACAGAGGUUUGCGGGUGUCCCCUGGUCACCAAUGUGUUCGACACCACCGGAGAAUUCUGUCGUGCCCCGAAGAAGAGUUGCGUGAAACAUUAUGUCUGGGAGAAACUGCGCAGAGCAGAGAUCGACAUGGAAAGAGUGAGACAGUGGUUGAAGAUAGACGAGUUGGUGGAACAGGAAAGACAGAUCCGAGCGAACAUGGCUACGCGUGCCGGGGUUCUGGCGCUGAUGCUGCACUCCACGUACAAUCACGAGCUAAUGGAACAGAUGACGCAAGAACAGAACAGGGAACAGUUGGAAGCAAUGGAGGAAGAACUUCAGCGUAGGUAUGGUAUGCUGCAGAAAGAACAAUCCGCGGUGCAAUGAUGGCUCUCGCAUCUUUAAGGAUACUUCUACUGCUGUACGGUGCAUGGAACUGUUUAAACGUACCUCCGCGACGUGUUCAUUAUAGCGUUACCUAUUAAUGUAUUAUCGUACGAUGCGACAAUGACUGUAAACCUGUUCCUCGAUCUUCGUCGAUUCGUACGUGUUAAGUAUAUGGAAUUGUAGAAGGUCGUUUCCGCGAUGAAAUCGAAUGAUUGUAAAUAAGAGGAUAAAUAGCGGGAAAUCGAAAUGGAACGUACACCACUACCGGAACGAGUCUACCGCUAGAGAGUUCUAGUUUCAAGGGUGUCAACGCCAACGCGUCUCUACACGGAUAUCUGCGAACAGCAACAAUCGUCCCCAGACCGAGUCUGCGUAAUUGUGUAUUUCUCUUUAUUUAUAACGUUCAAUUAAACUUUUGUAAAUUCAAAUUCAUAAUAUAAUUUGUCCAUUACCUAUUUUUAGUGUUCACAAUAUAUCGUUUCACAUUAUAUGAUUGCACAUGUGAAUCAAAUCAAUUAACUCGUUAUAUGAAACAUAAUUUCAACGUUUCUAAAAUUUACCACACUUUUAACUUCAAUAAAUAUAUUACUUGCUUAAUUUUAAUCGGUUAAGUUCCGACUCGUCGCUAGAAAGGAUAUUCUCUCAAAAUACUUCUGAAUUACAACAAUUUCCAAUCGCAACACAGGAUAUUACAUAUUCUGGCACAGUACAACUCUCUCUAUACUGUUUUUUCUUUUUUUUCUUUUUUCUUCGUCGUCUAUAUACAUAUGUACAUACGUACACACACACAUAUUCCUCUUC